UUUUGCCAUUUUGGGGCCAAUAACAAAAAUUCAUGAACAGUUCGUACCAAACGCAAACAUAUGCUGCUACUGCUUGGGAGAUCUAAUCUGAGCAAUUAGCCAGUCGCCUAUUUCGCCUGGAGAUGGCGGGACAAGCUCAAUCACCAAACAUGGAUCAAUUCGAAGCUUACUUCAGGAGAGCUGAUUUAGAUGGAGAUGGCAGGAUCAGUGGAGCUGAAGCUGUUUUUUUCCUUCAAGGAGCCAAUUUACCCAAACAAGUUCUUGCUCAGAUCUGGAUGCAUGCUGAUCAGAGUCAUACUGGCUUCCUUGGUCGUGGGGAAUUUUAUAAUGCUCUCAAACUUGUGACAGUUGCACAGAGUAAAAGAGAAUUGACACCAGACAUUGUCAAGGCAGCAUUAUAUGGCCCUGCUGCAGCUAAAAUUCCACCACCAAAAAUUAAUCCUCCAGCCACUCCUGUUCAACAGGUAAACUCAAUGGGUGCUGCAUCUGCCCCACAGAUGGGUGCAGUUGCCCCAACAGCAUCUCAGAAUCUUGGCUUUAGAGGGCCAGGAGUUCCAAAUGCUAGUAUGAACCAGCAUUAUUUUCCUUCUCAACAAAGUCAGUCAAUGAGACCACCUCAGGCCAUCCCUCCUGGAAAUGCUUCCCGUCCUCCUCAGGGCAUUAUUAGUCCAGAAUUCUCUAGAGGUGGUAGUAUGGUUGGUCAUUCUCAGGCUAUGCCUACUAGCACUGCUUCUGGUCCCCCUCAAGCCAUUCUUGGUUCUACUUCUAGUACUGGCAUGCCAGGCUCAAACAUCUCAACUGGUUGGAUUAGUGGAAAGACAACCGCAGCUUUAACAGGCCCUCCAUCCACAUCCAAUACUACUAUGCAGCCACAAACUCAAGUUUCUUUGUUGUCCCAGCCAACUGCUAGUGAUUCUAAAGCAUCAAUUGUUUCUGGAAAUGGGUUUGCAACUGACUCAUCUUUUGGAGGUGAUGUGUUUUCUGCAAUCUCUUCGACUGGAAAAAAAGAAACUUCUGUGCCUGCUUAUUCUUCUAGUGGUCCACCAGCCUUAGCAACUGCAGUUCCAGCUUCUAGUGGAGGUCACCUCCCUGUUAAGUCCAACUCACUUGAUUCACUGCAGAGUGCUUUGGCUAUGCAACCUCUAGGAGGUGGUCAGCUUCAACGAGCCCAAUCACUCCCAACAUCAGGUCAACAAGUUUCAGCUUCAAGUUCUUCCUCACUUGCAUCCCCUAGCAUCUCACUUGGACUUGGAAGCUCAUCUGAUGAUUCACAGAUUCCUUGGCCAAAGAUGAAACCAUCAGAUGUUCAGAAAUAUACUAAAGUGUUUGUGGAAGUAGAUACUGAUAGAGAUGGAAGAAUCACUGGUGAGCAGGCGCGUAAUCUAUUUUUGAGUUGGAGACUACCACGAGAGGUUUUAAAGCAGGUCUGGGACUUAUCUGAUCAGGAUAGUGAUAGCAUGCUUUCUUUGAGGGAAUUCUGCUUUGCUCUUUAUUUGAUGGAGCGUUACAGGGAAGGUCGUCCUCUUCCUGCAUCACUUCCAAGAAACGUUAUGUUAGAUGAGACACUAUUGUCCAUGACAGGUCAACCAAAAGUUGCUUAUGGAAAUGCAGCAUGGGGUCAAAGCCCUGGUUUUGGACAAUUGCCUGGAAUGGGUAUUCAACCGAUAGCUCCUGCCACUGGUUUGAGGCCACCAGUUCCAGUGACCGGACCCUGGGCUCUGCCUGACGCUGUAAUGGCAUCUAAUCAGCAGAAGCCAAGAGCACCUGUUUUGGAGGAUUCCUUUCUGAAAAAAAGUGAUGGUGGAGAGGAGAACUCAGUGCCUCAGGAUGGAACAGCCUCAGAUAAAAAGGUUGAUGAACCAGAAAAGGUGAUUUUGGAUUCAAAAGAGAAGAUUGAGUUUUACCGUACUAAAAUGCAGGACCUUGUUCUUUAUAAAAGCAGAUGUGAUAAUAGGCUAAAUGAAAUCACAGAAAGGGCCUUGGCAGAUAAGCGUGAGGCAGAGAUGCUGGGUAAGAAAUAUGAAGAGAAGUACAAGCAAGUGGCAGAAGUAGCUUCUAAAUUAGCUAUUGAAGAAGCCACAUUCCGUGACAUUCAGGAAAGGAAGUUAGAGUUGCACCAGGCAAUUGUUAACAUGGAACAAGGUGGAAGUGCUGAUGGUAUUCUUCAGGUCCGUGCUGAUCGUAUACAAUCUGAUCUUGAUGAGCUAAUGAAAGCUUUGAUUGAACGUUGCAAGAAACAUGGGUUAGAGGUUAAGUCAACUGCAAUAAUUGAGCUUCCUAUUGGCUGGCAACCUGGAAUUCAAGAAGGAGCAGCUGUGUGGGAUGAAGAGUGGGAUAAGUUCGAAGAUGAAGGAUUUGCCAAUGACCUCACCAUUGAUGUGAAAAAUGCUUCUGCCAUGCAAAAGGAAAAAGCGUCACAAGAUGGUAGUCUAACCCCUGAUUCUUUAUCAAAUGGUGAUGGCAAGUCUGGGAACUUUUUUAGUACUGGUGAACAUGCCCUUGAGGGUGAAUCUGCGUACACCCACAGUGAAGAUGAAUUGGCAAGAAGCCCUCAAGGUGGUUCAACUGGAAGAAAUGCCUUAGACAGUCCAUCUUCUGAUGUUUUUGCAAAGAGUAUUGAUCCAGAUGCAGAAACACAUAGAAGUUUUGAUGAAUCAACAUGGGGUGCUUUUGACACUCACGAUGAUACAGACUCAGUCUGGGGAUUUAACCCUGCUAGUACUAAGGAUUCAGAUUCUGAUAAGCACAGAGAUUUCUUUGGAGCUGGUGACUUUGGUGUGAAGCCAAUAAGAACGGAAUCCCCCCCCUCGGAGACUAUGAUUCAGAAAAAGAGUCCAUUUUUUGAAGAUUCUGUUGCUGGUUCGCCAGUCUCUAGGUUUGGCAACUCUCCAAGAUACAGUGAAGCAGGGGAUGGCUUUGAUAAUUUCUCAAGAUUUGAUUCCUUCAGCAUGCAAGAAGGUGGAUUUUCUCCACGAGAGAGGCUUACAAGGUUUGAUUCCGUAAGCAGCACAAAAGACUUUGGCCACAGUCGUGCCUUCUCGUCUUUUGAUGAUGCAGACCCAUUUGGCUCCAGUGGACCAUUUAAGGUUUCAUCAGACAAUCAAACUCCAAAAAAAGGUUCUGAAAGUUGGAGUGCUUUCUAGCCAACAAUCCAAUCGUCCAUUAUUUUAUCUCCUUGCUGCUAAUUUCCUCUCCCAUUUUGUUUUGGUUUUGUUAAUUGUGGCCAUUUUUCCCGUCCUGUAUAGGUUGGACAAAGAGCUGGACUGUUGUAAAGUUAUUUGAUAUGGCUGUGCUGCUUUUUUUUUUCCUCCCUCCGGAUAUAACAAGGAAGGUUGGUUUGUUUGUUUGUUAGUUUUUGGUAGCAUCCAAAGUUUGAAAAAUAUAUUACUUGUUUUUUGAGUAACAAAUUCUGGAAGACCAAUGAGAACUGAUUUUUUUUUA